GGUUUUAAAAGAAGUGACAGUAUCCGCUCAAGCUGCCGAGAAAGUCAAAGCUCAAGUGCAGAAAGUCAAAGAUAAAGCUCAAGUCAUUGUCGAUGGAAUUGCGGUCAGUAUUUGUGCUGUUGUCUGAUUAUAAUUUCACCUCAGUCGAGAAGAGUGCUCCCAGUUUGACUCUACCAAACAAUGUAGGUUUUCUCGGCGUACUUUAGGUUCCUCCUGUCGUAACACUUGAACUAAGGUUGGUCCUUACUGGACCUGCAAAGAGCACAAACAGUUUAGAACUGAUGUAACUAUGUUUAGUUCAUACAUAAUAAGGCAUGUUCAUUGAAUCUCGUUCUAGGCGGACAAGGCUGUUGCCGAAGGUAAACUAGAAGCUGCUAAACCAGCGUUGGAAGAAGCCGAAGCUGCAUUACAGGUUUGAUUCAAUACCCUAGUUCACUCUCGCUUUAAGCAACGUUUUAUUCGUAGGUUUCAGUAAGCGUUACAGAGCAGAACUUCAGAAAUUUUGACACUAAAAAGACCACGAAAAUUAAAUCACAUCUCUCUAUUUUUAUUCAUCUGCCACCAAAUACGACUAUACCUCAUAUAACCGCCAGUGGACCACCGUCUGCUGCAUACGAUAGUUCUCAGUACGACCCACCAAAUUGUGUUGUACAUUAAGAUUGAUAUGUUUUCACUUUUUUCUGACCAGACUAUAAAAUCUCAACACAUCGCAACAGUUCGUCGUCUGGCUAACCCACCACAUCUGAUCACGCGCAUUAUGGACUGCGUGUUGAUGUUAUUCAGAAAAAGACUGGACCCGGUCGUGUAUGAUCCAGAGAGAAACUGCGCUAAACCAUCAUGGGGAGAAUCUUUGAAGGUCAGUGUAUAUGAAGUUACUCUUCUCCUUUUACACAGUUCUAGACUGACAUGAAGUCGGCCGCUCAUGUCCUCCAUCCUUUCUGUCUUUUGUCAUGUCCACCCUCAGUUCCUUGAUAUUUCUUCUUCCAUCUCUUCUUCACCAUCUCCCCAUCCUCGGUUGCUCUUUAAUAUCCAGCUUCUUAAUUUCUUUGAAUGACUCUCCUUCAUCUCUUCUAACAGUGUGUCCAUAUCAUCUCUCCCUUGCUUUCCUCACCUUCUCUGCAAUGUCUACCACCCCCACAUCUUCUGAUCUCUUCAUUCCAUAAUGUCUCUGACAAACUCUCCUUCAUCUGUUUUGAUUACGUGCCAUGCCAUGUCAAACUUGCUUCCCCACCUUCUCUGCAAUGUCUACCACCUCAAAUCUUCUGAUGUGCCACAAAUGAUUCAUAUUUUGUGCAGUUAAUGAGCAGUGGCAACUUACUUCAAUCUCUGAUGCAAUUUCCGAAAGACAUCAUCAAUGACGAGAUGGUUGAGCUGGUAGCACCGUAUCUGGAAAUGCCAGACUAUAAUAUUGAAACUGCGCGAAAGGUAAGCCAUUGACUCAAAUUCUUUAGUGGCGCCUGUGACUGGCCUUCUAUUCCUAAAGUAUUAUAAUUUCACCUCAGUGAGAAAACAUUCCACCAUAUUUUAUUUCCGUUCGUCUGCAAUAACAUUGCAUCAAUAAUAAGGGAUGACCCUUACUGGACCUCUUGAGAGAACAGUUUAAAAAUGAUAGAACUGGUAGAGCUACGCAGUGUAUCUCUAGUUAUGUUAUAUAUUUUUUGUUAGGUUUGUGGUGAUGUGGCUGGCCUGUGUUCCUGGACGAAAGCAAUGUCGGUUUUCUUUGGUAUCAAUAAAGAAGUUUUACCACUCAAAGUAAGCAGAACGAUUUUACCUGUAUAUAUUUGUCUGUCAUGUUUAAAGGCGUACAAUUUAAUUGACUUUUAUUUUAUAUUUUUAUAUAUAAUAUGUGUUAUAUUAUUUUCGUUGUUUUCAUUUUUAUAUACAGCAGUUCCAUAAGAUUAGAGAGAGAGCUACAGUAGAGAGAAAGCAGAAGAAAUUAGUGUACCAGUCUUGUUACAGUGAUCGAUAGUUUACAGGUGAUUAGGAAGGUAGAUCUUAAAGCCUGGUUUACACUAUCAAAGUUUCUGUGAUCACAGUGGAAUUUUGCAUGGAUAAAUUCUAAGUUUUGAAGGAUUUGUAAGAAAUGUUUGAGGGAACUAACUUAGUGUUAAACACUGAAUCGGUUUCCUCAAACAUUUCUUACAAAUCCUUCAAAACUUAGAAUUUACUGAUGCAAAAUUCGUACUGUGAUCACAGAAACUUUGAUUGUGUAAACCAGGCUUAAUUGUAAGGCAAGAUGUAGUAAGAAAAACCUACAGUCUUGAAAAAGCUUGGUGCAUAUUCCCCAUGCUGUUGUUCUACGUAAAUAUUAAAGAAAUGUUAUUCUCGCCCAGGCGAACCUGGCUGUCCAAGAGGCGCGUCUCGCUGUUGCAAUGAAAGAUCUCAAUGAAGCUCAAGCAGAACUGGAUGCAAAACAAGCCGAACUUGACGAAGUUCAAGCUCAGUAUGAGAAAGCCGUUAGAGAGAAACAGGUCAGCCAUUCGUACCUUCUAAAAUGAUAAAAUGCUAGCUCAGAAUUACCAUGUUUUGUAUGUUGUAAUCUAUUAAAAUAAGAAUAAAAACACUUCAACAAACAAAAAUGUUUAACAUCUCUGUGCGUUUGCAGACAUUACUCGAUGACGCUGACUCGUGUCGUCGUAAAAUGCUCGCAGCCUCGGCGCUCAUCGGUGGUCUGGGCGGCGAGAAGGAAAGAUGGACGCAACAAAGCAAAGAAUUUGAUGUUCAGAUUGGAAGGUUUGUAGUCCUUUGUGGAAACACAGCAGUAUAUUCAAUUUCAACCAGCCCCAACAAACAUAGAAAGCGCAUUUUUACAAGUUUUUUCCUGAACUGUCUUUGUCCGUGUAGGUAGUGGCAAUAAUAAGAAAGUUUCGAACUGAUAGGGAUACAACUACAUGAAAAAUACAUGAAGGAGAACUUAUUUCUUGAAGGUGGUUGCAUCAGUGGCGUAACUACUAUGGGCUCGGACCGGGCGAACCCGGGGGCCCCCAACCCCAAUGGGCCAAAUGGGGGCCCCCAAGCUCAGGCUGUGAAGCAAAAACAUUGGCCAGGGCCUCUGAUAUGUCACAAUGUCGUUUUCUGACCAUCAGAAUUCUGUAACAUCUCUCCCCAAAGUCUGGGAAAUGGUAUUUCAGAGAGUCUAGAUUCGAAAAUUUUCUGGGUGAGCAUGCCCUAGACCCCUAAAAACUCGUGCAUAUACGGCGCUCGACUUGUGCCUUUGGCACUUCUACUAGGGGGGCGUUCGAAAAUUUUGAACCGGGGGCCCCCUGAUAUAACGUUACGCCACUGGGUUGCAUCCAGGUAGUUGUAUUGUGUUAUGAAGGUGGUAGCAUAUUUUUUCUUUGUUUCUCGCAGGUUGGUAGGCGAUGUCUUAGUCGCCACAGGAUUUCUAUCUUACGCUGGUCCGUUUAACCAAGAGUACCGUGAUGCAUUGCUGUCGUCUUGGCAGAAGGAAAUGAGAACAAGAAAAAUUCCUAACUCGAAAGAUCUGAACGUCACUGGCAUGCUGGUGGAUAGCGCUACGGUAAGACAGAACACGUGUGGACAAUGGCGAACACUUGUGAACUUUUGAGGGGGGGAGGGGGGGGGGAUUUCAUCAAUACAUUGCUUAAUUUAUAGUUUACCAAUGCUUUCAUGGUUGAAAAUUUAAAGGCUGUCAGAAAUUAUUGUGGUGAGGGGGGUGCCCUCCCCCCUAGUGUUUGCCACUGCUUGUAGACAAUUAGAUCGUGUAGGAGUAUCACAUGAAUGUUUGUACUGUCUAAACUUUUCCCACCCAUAUCAAUGAGGUGUUGGGAUGCUAGUUAAACCUGCAACAACAAGUGUUAUCAAUAAUGGUAAUAAGUAUGUUUCACAAAUGGGAAAAAACUCACAGCAAAAGAUCCUUCAUAAUUAAGGUGAUACUGAAGAAUUUUAUCUUCACGUAUUUUUCUGGAAUUUCUUUCCCAGGUGAGUGAAUGGAACCUUCAAGGUCUGCCAAAUGACGAACUUUCAGUACAAAAUGGGAUCAUUGUCACACAGGCUGCGCGCUUUCCGUUACUCAUUGAUCCACAGGGUCAGGGAAAGGCCUGGAUACGAAAGAAAGAACUGCAGAAUAAUCUUCAGGUAAUGUUGAUAAUGAUGAUUAACUAGGGUAAUUAAUAAAUUAGAAUCAGUGGGAACGUCUUUUAAGAUGUCAUUCCCAAAUUACUACUCCAUCGUUUGUCACAUAUUUUGUCAGUUUUCAUUCAAAAAUACGGACAAGUGCCUGUAGUCCGCCCGACCUUCUUAUUAAGCAAGCUUUGAUUUAAGUUAAAACGAUGAACGUUUUGCGCUGAAAUUGUUUUGUAUGUAUUCCCUCUCUAGGUGACGUCAUUAAAUCAUAAAUAUUUCCGGAAUCAUUUGGAAGAUUGUAUGUCUCUUGGCAAACCAUUGAUGAUUGAAGAUGUUGGAGAAGAAUUAGAUCCAGCCUUGGACAAUGUCCUUGAGAAGAAUUUUAUAAAGUCUGGUAGUACUUACAAGGUACGUUUGUUAAAGCAGUGGGCUUUUCUCUCAAAAAUAAUUUCUUAAAAAAGUUCAAAUGCAGCCGAGCUAUGGAAUGUACCGUUAUGGAAUGUACCGGUCGAUGUUAGAUAGGCUCCAUCGAUUUAUGAAUAAACCGUCCAGUUCUCAUUGAGCUGCGUCACCACCACCUUGUAAAUAUCGUAAUAAUUAUUCAUUUGUUAUUGUAGUUAUGUGUUUGUAUAAUUGUCAAUGAUUGUUUUUUCACAUGUGUAUAGUCCGGACGCUCCACAAUGGGGGGGCUAGCGUCAUUAAAUAACAUUUUAAAUAAAAAUAAAAGUUAUUUGAAUUUAGGUAAAAGUUGGUGACAAGGAAGUGGAUGUGAUGGACGGAUUUGCAUUGUAUAUCACGACAAAGAUACCGAAUCCUUCUUACACUCCCGAGGUUAGAUUAUUUGCUUAUUCUUUUGUACCCUUGAUUUUACGUUUCCGUACCCCUAUUAUUAAUAGAGAGGUUCAAAAUUGACUUCCGCUACGAUUAGGGGACCAUUAACCAAUCAGAUGCGUCUGAUAUAUCCGAUUAACCAAUCAGAUUCGUUUGAUAUAUCUGAUUAACCAAUCAGAAGCGUACUAAGCCAAUGAGAUGUAGUGGUGGUGGAAGUCAAAUCUGAACCUCUCUAUUUUCAUUAGCAUGUGUAAGGGAAGACAUAUUGUCACCUAUACUGCAAGAACGAUAAUUGAAUCAAACGCAAGAACUCCCUUUACAAAUGGCAGAACUCCCUUUACAAAUGCCAGAACUCCCUUUUCAAAUGCCAGAACUCCCUUUUCAAAUGCCAGAACUCCCUUUCAAAUGCCAGAGCUCCUUUUUCAAAUGGCAGAACUCCCUUUUCAAAUGCCAGAACUCCCUUUUCAAAUGCCGGGACUCCCUUUUCAAAUGCCAGAACUCCCUUUUCAAAUGGCAAAACUCCUUUUUCAAAUGGUACAACUCCCUUUUCGAUGUUUUUCCAGGUUAGUGCGAAGACGGCAAUUAUUGACUUCACCGUGACAAUGAAAGGUUUGGAAGAUCAAUUACUUGGCAGAGUUAUCCUCACCGAGAAAGCGGUAAGAUUGUUUUAAUGUUCAUUUUAUCUUUAAUGUUGACGUGUUUCAUGAAAUAUACUAAGAAUGGCACUGGGGCCUUAUUCUCAUAAUUACAACGUUCUAAGAAUCGUGUUUGUUUUCUAGGAACUGGAGUCAGAGCGAACAAAAUUAUUGGAAGAUGUUGCCAUGAACAAACGGAAGAUGAAGGAACUCGAAGAUAAUUUGCUUUAUCGAUUGACCAGUACCAAGGUAAUAAAAAAGACUUUAUAGAAAGAGGAAAAUUAUUUCUAAGCUAAGGUAUUUAGUAAAUUAUUUCUAAGUUAAGCUAUUUAGUUUAUCUAAACUAGCUAAAUUGAAUUAUUUAGACUGGCAUUUCAACUCUUUUCCCUAGAUUCUUGCCUCUAUUUUAACCAGUGAUUGAAUACGAUUUUUACAAUGAUCUCCUAUACUUCAUGUAGGGUUCCUUGGUUGACGAUGAGUCACUGAUCGAGGUCCUGAGUACGACAAAAUCAACAGCUGAGGAUGUGAGCCAGAAGUUAGUCGUGGCAGCGGAUACAGAGAUUAAAAUCAACAGUGCUAGAGAAGAAUUCAGACCAGGUGAGGGACACAAACACUCGACGCACUUGUGUCUUCUGGGCAUACCUAGGGUAAAUUAUCAUUAGAUAACUGCAUAUUGCAGGAAUCUCUUGCCUGUCAUAGAGGUGAACGUCACAUGCAUUAUAAUACUGUGGCACCAAUGUCCCUUGAUGGAACUAAAAUUUAUUUCCAUUCUUUCCCCAGUGGCCACGCGUGGUAGCAUUCUAUAUUUCCUGAUUGUUGAAAUGUCUAUGGUGAACUGUAUGUACCAGACGUCUUUGAAGCAGUUCCUGGGGCUGUUUGAUAUGGCUAUGGCCAGGUAAAAGACGAAACUUUAUUUAUACUGGAUAGCUCAGUUCUAAAGUAUUCUCCUUACAUGUCCAGUAAUGACCAUUAUACUAUUGUAAUUUUUCCACCAGAUCAAGUGCUUCUCCGAUAACAUCGAAACGAAUCGCGAACAUUAUUGAAUACUUGACGUAUGGUGUGUUUGCUUACUCUGUCCGAGGACUUUAUGAGAAAGACAAAUUCUUGUUCACACUUCUUCUCGCUUUGAAAAUUGAUCUACAAAAUAAGAGGAUCAGACAUAACGAGUUCCUCACUUUGAUCAAAGGUUGGUGCUUUUCAUUGAACGCUUUUUAAUAGAGCAAAUCAUCUAGCACAGUUCUAUGCUUGCUGCAAACCAAUCCACAACUCGGGAUAACUCGCAUGCCUAGCUAAAAGUGCGUGUCUUUACUUAAGGUGGCGCUGCCCUGGAUCUCAAAGCAGUCCAAGCUAAACCAUGCAAGUGGAUAACAGACAUCACUUGGUUGAAUCUUGUGGAACUUUCGAAACUGCCACAAUUCUCUGACAUCCUUAAUCAGGUAUGGCGUUUGUUUUCUCCUACUGAAAAUCUUUUAAAAGUAGUGUGACGAAGGGCCGUCGCUCAAAACGUCAAAGUGUAAAUAUUAAGUUUUCUUUAUUUUGCAGGUAUCACGGAAUGAGAAAGCGUGGAAAUCGUGGUUUGAUAAAGACGCCCCAGAAGCUGCGGAAAUACCUGAUGGUUAUCACAAUUCCUUAGACACUUUCAGACGUUUGCUUUUAAUACGGUAAGAGCAAGAUGACCGUCGUAGGCUAAUAGGCUUCUAAAAUGAACAGUCACAGAUGAAAAACAUUCUCCAGUUUAACGCGAAACUUCACUGUAACAAACAUUCGAAGGUUUCAAUGAGCACAGCCAAUCAGCAUAGGACCAGUUAAACAUGCUUAGAACAAACAUGGGGGUAACGAGUGAGUAAACGUGAUUUAUGUUAAUUUUACACAAUUUUCUUGCAGAUCUUGGUGUCCUGAUCGUACUCUGUCCCAGGCCCGUAAAUACAUCUCUGAGUCGCUCGGUCCAUCAUACGCCGAGGGCGUGAUCCUGGAUCUGGAGAAAACGUGGGAGGAAAGUGAUGAACGCACCCCCCUGAUUUGUUUUCUUUCUAUGGGAUCUGAUCCUACGAACUCCAUCGAGUCUCUGGCAAAGAGACACAAACUGGGUAAGAAUUUUCAAGUCAUUUGUAUGAUAUAGUAUGGGAUGCAAUAGCGAUUAGUGAACUAAAGUAAGUAAGCUCCAGUAGAUGGUGGUCAACUAGCAAUUAUCAGAGUGAGAAAAUAAUGUUAAUUCUAUCAUUAUGCGUGUUGUAGUCUUAUAUAAAUGAGAGGUUUAGUUUAAUUUUCUUACUCCUAUAAGUUUGGCGAUCAACUUGCUCCCUGCUAACUAUAAUCCAGUAUUCAAUAUAUACAACUUUAGCGCCCCUUUUCCAAGUGAAGUAAGUAUAAGAUUGUAAAACUAAAGUUUUAUAUAAAAUGAAUUUGUCUAAUUUAUAGAAUUUCGGGCAAUAUCGAUGGGCCAGGGUCAAGAAGUGCACGCAAGGAGAUUGCUCAAUCAGUUUAUGCAAGCGGUAAGAACAAGUGUCUAAACUGUUCUCCCUGGAGGUCCAGUAAGAUUCAUCCCUUGUUGAUCCAGUGUUACCACAAGAGAAAACCUAAACUAAAUGAACUCUAUUUAUACUGGAUAGCUCUAUCAGUUGCAAACGUUCUUCCUAGAAGUCCAGUAAGAGCCAUUCUUUAUUGGUUCGGUUUUACUACAAGAGAAAACAAGAAUAUCAGAAAAUCCCUGCGGUGUUUAGCAAAAUCAAACUGGAAGCGCUCAUCUCACAUGCAACUGAGAUGAAAUUCUACUCGCAUAAUACAGGAACGGAAUGGAACCUUUGAAAAGGAAUGGAACUCCGUCAUUGAAAGGCACAUGUACAGAGCACAAGUUGUGGCAAUACUCUAUCUAAAUGUAUUUCUCUCUUUAUGUAGGGAGGCUGGGCGGCCCUGCAGAAUUGUCAUCUUGGUUUAAAUUUCUUGGAUGAACUGAUAGACCUUAUCGUUGAUACAGAAAAUGUACAUCAUGACUUCCGGUUAUGGAUUACCACUGAAGUUCAUCCCCAGUUCCCUAUCGGUCUGUUGCAGGUAAGCAUACAGGACACAAAAACAUAUAAUACAUAUAGGCAGAGGUAGUCUUGGGGAACAAAAAACCUAACUACAAUAUCACCAAAUACAAUAGCAACAAUCUACUGGGUGCUACUGUAUUUGCAUCCAAAUACAAUACGGCCAUCUGAUAAUGCUUGCGUAAAACUGCCUCUUCAUCUGAAACUACUUCAAAUCUCAAUACACUGGAUGUGGCUGGUGACACUCAAUGUUCUUUAAAUAAUUUAUUUCUCCAGAUGUCCAUCAAAUUUACGAAUGAGCCUCCUCAGGGUCUUAAAGCCGGUCUGAAAAGAACUUACAAUGGUAAAAUUUUAUUUCACUUUUUCCCUUGUCUUGUGACUAAAUGUUUUAUCACAUUUGACAGAGAUUAAUUUUCUAAAUAACUUCAGGUAUUUCCCAAGACCAGUUGGAUGUCUGCAGUCUUCCUCAAUGGAAACCCAUGCUUUAUGCUGUUGCAUUCCUACAUUCUACUGUCCAGGUAAGAGAGAGAGAGAUAUAUAGAGAUCUGUGAGGAAAAACACCUCAAUGGUGACCCAAACACCUCAAUGGUGACCCAAACACCUCAAUGGUGACCCAUGGUACUACGGUUUCCUCCCGCUGGAAAGUCUUUAGAACAUCUCUAGAUGAAUGUUCUCUACCUACUGAGCUAUCCUCAAUUUUAGUACAAGCGUCCAUGCAAUGGCCGUAUUGUUAAGAUACUAGAGAGUUUCAGAUUUGACUUCCACUACCGCUACCUCACAUGCAUCAUAAGGACGCAUCUGAUUGGUAUUGGAAGUCAAAUGUGAACCUUUCUGAACCUUGUACAAGACAUUCCGUGUUUGUUUACAUUCUUCCUUCGUUCGUCCUUCUCAGGAGCGUCGUAAAUACGGUCCUCUGGGCUGGAACAUUCCGUAUGAGUUCAAUCAAGCUGACUUCACGUCCAGUGUUCAGUUUGUUCAGAACCAUCUCGAUGAUAUGGACUUGAAGAAAGGCGUGUCAUGGAACACUGUCAGGUAUAUGUUAGGAGAAGUCCAGUAUGGAGGACGAGUCACGGAUGAUUUUGACAAACGACUGCUGAACACGUUUUGUAAGGUGGGUAUCCUCGGCUUGUUUAUUGGUAGAUGUCACUGAGCCUUAUAUGUAGCUGGAACGAGAACUCGAGUGCAAAAAGGUUUUCAUUUGUUUCCAUCUACCAAUCUGACAUUACGUCAUUUGAUCAAUUUCGGAAGUUGUUUCUUUUUGGAUUUUUUUUAUUCAUUUGGUGAGGGUUAGGGUUAAGGGUUAGUUACAUAGCCAUUUAACACAUCUUCCAAAAAUGACGUCAACGUCAGUUUGGUAGAUGGAAACAAGUGCUGACCGUCCAAAAAGCGGGCCCAAACUGCAGAUUAACUCUGGUGUUAUAUCUUUUAGGUUUGGUUCACAGAUGCCAUGUUCAGUGCGGGAUUUAACUUCUACAAGAAGUACACCAUUCCAAAGUGUAAUUCAGUCGCUCAGUAUCUCGAUAACAUUGAUACACUAGCCUUGGUCGACACUCCUGAAGUGUUUGGUCUUCAUCCCAACGCAGAUAUCACGUAAGUUUUUGACAAUACUAGGAGUUACUACCGCAAGGAAAGUGCUGCCUCACCAAAGACAGCAUGCACAAUUUGCUGAAUAAGGGGCUGUUUAUAUGAUCCCGCUUUGUCAGGGCAAGAUGUCAGGCGCGAUUAUUUUGAUGUAUUGAAAUAAGUUAUGGUGUACGAUUCAGCAAAAAAACUACAUUAUAUCUAGAAAUAGAUUAUAGUUGAUUAUAAACGAAAGGUUGUUCAAGCGGCGGCAAUAACAAUCUUCUUGAACUACAAGAUCUUCUCUACAACGUGUGAGUAUUUGUAUUAAUACGAAACUUUGUGGCACUAAUGGGCAUUGCCCAAGGACAAAUUGAUUAAAUUUUGUUUAAAUCUGUAUGAAAAUUGAGUGAGAAAUUAGCAAAGUUUGUCCUGCUUUGCCGGACAGACACACGAAUCAUGUAAAUUAUAUUUUUUGUAAUUAUCCUCAGUUACCAAAGCAAUGUUGCGAAAAACUGUCUGGACACCAUACUCAGUAUUCAGCCCAAAGACAGCUCGGGUGGUGCCGGAGAGACUCGGGAAUCAGUCGUGAAUCGUCUGGCUGAUGAUAUGUUGGAAAAACUUCCUGAGGAUUAUAUCCCACAUGAGGUUAGUGACAGAUAGUUUAGACCUAGGGCCUUCUAGUUAUAUUUCAGCGCUUUUUCGGAACUUUUUGAUCACUAUAUCAUGACUGGAUGGCAUGGAAAACAGUGGGAAUUUCAAAACAAUAAAAGACAUUGAAACAUUCUGAUCACUGGAUCAUGACUGAAUGACAUGGAGAACAGUGGAAUUUUCAAAACAAUGAAAAGACAAUGGAACAUUCUGAUCACUGGAUCAUGACUGGAUGGCAUGCAAAACAGUGAGAUUUUCAAAACAAUUGAAAGACCUAUAAUAGUUUUGUUUGUGGAAACACCACGUAAAUUUAUUACUGCAGUAAUAAAUUUACGUGGUGUUUCUACAAACAAUAGUAUUAUAUGUUUUAUCGCCAUGCAAACCUACAAAGAACUAAUUAAAAGACCAUGGAUCAAAUUCCGCGGACGCGAAAUUUAGUCCAGUCCUCAUAGUCGAAUUUGAAAUACUCCAUCAAGGUUUUCCGCAGUUUCAUAUGAACACGUCCCUUCCAAAUACAAUCAACAUUGUGUUGUUUUUGAUGAAGGUGAAAUCACGUCUUGAAAAGAUGGGUGCUUACGCUCCGAUGAACAUCUUCUUACGUCAAGAACUCGAUCGAAUGCAACGUGUGAUCACGGCGGUGAGGGAAACUUUGACAGAUCUCAAACUUGCCAUUGAUGGCACCAUUAUUAUGAGUGAAGUAAGUACAAGAUAUUUUUUAAGCAGAAUUGUUGGUAAAUAAUUCAGUAUGGAGUUGGUAUUUCUACAUAUCAUUUGUUCUUCAGGUCCUACGUGAUACUCUUGACUGUAUGUAUGAUUCCAGAGUUCCAAAACAUUGGCAAAAGGUUAGUAUUUGAAAUAAUUAAAAUGUCGAAAUGUUCACUGCGAGUUUUCUGUAUUAAAUUAACAUGAAAUAUCUUACUGGAUCUUUAGGGAAAACAGUUUAGAACUGAUAGAGCUAUCCAGUAUAAAUAAAGUUAGUUUAGUUUAGGUUUUCUCCUGUAGUAACACUGGAUCAAUAAGAGAUGAUCCUUACUGGACCUCUAGGAAGAACAGUUUAGUACUGAUAGAGCUAUCCAGUAUAAAUAAGUUAAUUAAGAUGGUGAUAUCGUUUAUCCAUGAAAUUCUCGUUUCCCCCAGGUGUCGUGGGAUUCCUCGACUCUUGGUUUCUGGUACACGGAGCUUCUAGAACGUAAUCUACAGUUUCGAAGUUGGAUACUUGAUGGCAGACCAAACGUUUUCUGGAUGACAGGAUUCUUCAACCCUCAAGGUUUCCUGACAGCGAUGAGACAGGUAAGUACGUUGCGUUGUGUGAAAAAAACGUUGUGUGUGAUUUUCUUGCGUUACAUGUGAGUUAAGAUUUAUUUUAAAACUUGCGUCACAAUAAGUGCUUUUUUCUCGCCACAAUUCCGCAAAUAGUAUGUUAGCAAACUUCGAUAUACUUUAAAAGAAUUGGAAUAAACCUGCGCUUUGUUCAAAGUUUUGAAAGAGAUUUAUCUUUCACAUACUUUGAUCAACAAAUAUUUUGUCAAAUUAAUUUGAGUAAACAGCAACGAUGUUUGCUUCCUGGGUUAAAUAAAUGAAUGUAAUUGCCAAACAAAUUGCAUUCACCACACAAUGUUUCAACACUCCAGACUUGUGUCUUCAUGCAAGCAGGUAUAAUCACAGACAUGUUUCGUUCUUCUGGUUUGAGUAAAUGAAUGUAAUCCCUAAACAAAUCAUCGGUCCAUUGUCUGAGACAAACCAGCGCCGUCAACUGCACGCAAACGUGAGUUUUUAUCUCGUGUAUAAAUAUUUUUUUAAAGGAAGUAACUCGAGCACACAAGGGUUGGGCUUUAGACUGCGUUGUUCUACACAACGAUGUAACUCGCUUCUACAAAGACGAUGUUUCUCAACCUCCCACAGAGGGAGUCUAUGUGUACGGCCUAUACCUGGACGGCGCAGGCUGGGACCGUAGAGGCUCGAAACUUAUCGAACCUGCCGCGAAGGUGUUGUUCACGCCACUUCCGGUUAUACAUAUCUACGCCAUCAAUUCGACAGCGCCACGAGAUUCCCGGAUGUACCAAUGUCCCGUAUAUAAGAAACCUCGCCGGACGGAUUUGACGUACAUUGCUGACGUCGAACUAAAAACCAAUCAGAAUCCAGAUCACUGGAUACUCCGGGGGGUUGCACUGCUUUGUGAUAUCAAGUGAUGACGUCAUGAGAUGAUGACUUCAUAAGGAUGAUCACGCCAUCAGAUGACGUCAUGAGAUUAUUUUAUGAUCAAGUUAGGAAAUUUUUGUUUAAAAGUUAAAACACUACAGUGGAUAUUAUCGUUAAGCUUGGUGUUGCUAAUAUGUUUGAAUCGGCUGAUAUCUUACAAAAUAUCUUAUUGAUAGCUGACAAUGUUUAACAGGCUGUUUUGCAGUUUAAACCCAACAUAACCAAAGCUUAAUUUUAAUAUUCACUCCAUAGUGUUUCGUCAAAUAAACUAUAAAACGAUAUGUUAAUUAAAAUAUAUACUCUGUAGUAAAUAAUUGUAUUGCAAUGCACAUUCCCAACUGUAUAAAGCACGUUCAAACCUGAUAUUGCUGUAAAUAAUCUCAAGGCCAUGCAUUACAAAUAUUUUAUGAUUAAUUCUUAGCAGUUUUACUUUGUAAAUAAACCUAAAUAAGCUAUAUGUAAAUAAAGUUCUACUUAUUUAUUUCGAUUUUAUCAUGUGGUGCUUUUGUAAUGCUUUUUGUUAAAACUUAUUCCGACAUUUAAAAUGCCACAAUAAAGCAAUCGUGACUACGUUUAAAUGAACUACUACUAUUGCGCCCACUGACACUGAAAGCUACAAUUAAUUGCUACAUGUGAUUCUCCACUUUUUCUUUCGUCCAGUCGACGCCCAUAAAAAGUCCAUCUCGCCAAUGCACUUUGUUUCGGCUGAACUAUCCAGAAAUUUUGUUUCAACCUCCAAACUUUUCAAGCAAAAACAGCAGCUGUGACAACAACAAAAAUCAAUGGAAAGAAGAGCAGGAAAAAUCUAUCGAGAACUCUCGCGACGUUUUGCCAUUUUAGUUGCUUUGCUUCACGUUUCUGCCUCAUACUAACAUCAUUCGUUAGCACAGCGAGCUCAUCACGUAGCUUCUGCAUUGUUGUAUGAUUGCUUCGCGCUGUUUUCGUGUCAUCCGAGAGCUUUACUUCAUUUAAGCUUAUGUCUACUGUCUUUGGAUGACCAUUUAAUUUGAUAAGUUUUGGGACUUCAUCAUAGCCUUCAAUCGCAUUCGACAUAAAAAGCAAACGUGCGAGACGUUUAUUCACAAGUUUGUCAAGCCAUUUAGGUAUUUCAGAUUCGUGGUCGCGAAUUUUUGCUAUGAAACAGGUUGCUAGCAGACAGAGCGCUGUUUCGACAAUAAUACACAGAAAAUACGUCCCAAUGACAGGCAUCGCGUCAGAGGUCUGCGGCAAGGUCGAUGAAACAAUGAGCAUAUACACAGACAUUGCAAGCAGAACGGUGAUAACCAGCGAAAUUCGUUCCCCGUGAUUUGAAGGCAGCGCAAAUGACAAGAAAGCUAAAGUAGCGAUGACAGUACACGGAAGGAUGAGAUUCAGCGUGUAAUACAGCGGUUGCCGUUUAAUGUGGAGCGUUAACGCGACCUCUGUAUACGGAAUACCAGAAUAAGGUUUGACAAACCGUUCCAUAGGGUAUCCCAGGACAUCCCAUUCUCCGUUUGGUAGAAAAUCUUUGACGUCAGCCCCGGCGGAGUCCACGUCUAUCUUUAGAGCUGAAUAAGUCCAUGAGCCAAAUACCAACUGACAUUUCUAAUAAUUAUAAUAAUAAUCUCAAAUAUAACCUGAUGGAUACCUCUCUAAAAUCAUGGACCCACAGGCACCUCUCUAAUAUGGACACCUCUCUAAUAAGGGUACUCUUCUAUUACGAGCACUUCUCUAAUACGGACACUUCUUCACGAAGCUUUUCACAAAGCAAGAAGGGGAUUACCUGUUCAUCAAAAGGAAACCGUCGGACAUUUAUUUUACAUUGGGAGAGUAAAGUCGCCGGCGAUAACCACGUGCAGUUUCCAUCAUAAUCCAGUACGACUGAUGUACUCAACCUCGUAUACAAGAUGUCUAUGUCUUCCUCAAGGCUCGCUCUAGAAACCAAGGAUCUUAUUGUUA